AUGAGGGUCCCGCUGCGCUCCGCGCUGGUUUACGCCCUCGUCCUGCUCCGCCUGGGCUGCGCACACACCCGGGCACCCACCUGGGCACCGACAUGGGCAACCCCCCGCGCCCCUCCGCGAUGUCCCGCGCUGAUGCUGCAGCUGCUCCGCGACCCCCCCGCCCCGCUCCGCGCCGUCGCCGCCGCUGCCUUCAGCAUCUCCCCGCACGUCUCCCUGCAGAACGGCUCCCGCUGGACGCUGGCCUUCGACAUGUCCUCCCUGUCCAGCAGCCAGGACGUGAGCCUUGCCCAGAUCCGUCUCCACCUGCCCGACGUCUCCCCCUCUCAACACAUGUCCCUCGACAUCUACCACAGCCAGCGGCAGAGCUGCCCGGACGACGACGAGACCUGUGCCCCGCAGCUCUUCCUGGGCACCGUGGCUGGCAGACCCACUUCCAUCCAGAAAUCCUGGAAAAUCUUUGAGGUCACCAACGUGCUCCGGACCUGGCUCCACCAAGCCGUGCUCCCUGGGCUCCAUCAUCCCACGGGAGGGGAGGGGAGCGAAUCUGCUGCCCCGGCCACCACCACCACGCCCUCCCCCACCACCAGUGACGCUGGCCCCGAGGAGCCCCUGGACGGGACGAACAGAGUCCUGCUGCUCGUCUUCUCCAAGGACAAGUCUCCAGAAGACCACAGCCUGAUCAAGACAGCAGAGACCUCCAAGCACGUCAUGCGUGACUGCUCCCCGGCCACCGGGGCUCGCCGGCACCGCAGGAACAGGAAGGAGAAGCAGAGGAUCAGAGUGAGCAAUGCCACCGGUGGCAGCGCGGGGGAGGAGGGCAGGCCCCUGUGCAGGAGGGUGGACAUGAUGGUGGACUUCCAGAAGACCGGCUGGGACAGCUGGAUCGUCCACCCCAAGAAGUACAACGCCUACCGGUGCGAGGGGCGGUGCCCGUCGCCCGUGGACGAGACCUUCAAGCCCACCAACCACGCCUACAUACAGAGUCUGCUGCAGCUCUACAAGCCCAACCACGUGCCCUGCCCUGUCUGCUCCCCGGUCAGGAUGAGUCCCCUCUCCAUGCUCUACUUGGAGAAGGGGAAAGCGGUCAUCCGGCACCACGAGGACAUGGUCAUCGAGGAGUGUGGCUGCAACUGA